AUGAGGCUGAUCCGCAAAAGCCUCGAAAAAGACGGGCAAGGGCAGAUGACGCUUCUCCCGGAAGUAGCCGAAGACAUGUGGCACGCCUACAACCUGAUCCGGCCUGGGGACGUAUUGCGAGCAUCCGCGCUGCGCAAAGUGACCACGACGUCCGCGACGGGAACCACGACGUCGACGCGCGUGCACACGAUGCUCACGAUCACCGUCGACAAGAUCGACUUCUCGCCGGCGGACCUGGCGCUGCAUAUUGGCGGGCGCGUGUGCGACGAGAAUAAGUACGUGGCGGUGGGCGCGCACCACACGCUCGACCUAGAGCUGGCGAGGAACUUCACCCUGUCGAAGCCCGAGUGGGACUCUGUCGCGCUAGAGACAGUGCGCGAGGCGUGCUCACCGUGCGAUAAUGCCGAGAUCGCGGCUAUCACACUGCAUGAUGGCCUCGCGCACGUGUGUGCGGUUGGGGAACAUACGACGGUCAUUAGGCAGAGGAUCGAGAUGGCGAUUCCGAAGAAGCGCGGGGGGAACAUCGAGGCGCACGAGAAGGGGUUGGCAAAGUUCUACGCGGCGAUUACUGAGGCGUUCCUCAGGCUGUUUGAGGUGGACAAGGUCAAGGUGGUACUACUGGGGAGUCCGGGGUUCUACGCUACGAAGCUGAGGGAAUACAUCUUUACGCAUGCGGAGAAGACGGAGAAUAAGGCGCUGCUCAGGGCGAGGCCCAAGUUCAUUGUUGAACACACCAGCAGCGGUCACAAGCACGCGCUCAACGAGGCGUUGCUGAGUCCUGCGGUCCGCGCGAAGUUAGCGGAUACCAGGUUUGCGCGCGAGACGGACGCGGUCGAGAGAUUCUUCCGGAUGAUUCACACGGAGGAGGAGCGCGCGUGGUACGGCGCGAAGGAAGUGGCAAAGGCGGUGGAGAAGGGCGCGGUGGCUACGCUGUUAAUCUGCGACAGUCUGUUCCGCAGCCAGACGGUGGCCGAGCGGCGGAGGUACGUAGCGAUGAAGGAGGAGGUGGAAAAGCAGGGAGGCGAGGUGAUGGUGCUCAGUAGUAUACACGAGAGCGGAGUGCGGCUGGACGGACUUGGAGGGAUCGCCGCGAUCCUGACAUUUCCGCUGGCCGAUCUGGACGAGGACGACGAGGACGUCGCAAUCGAGGAGAAUCAAAACUGA